UUGAUUAUAGAUGGCAAAGGAAAUGCGGUAUCUUUACUCCGUGUGGCAGAACUGGUAGGUAAAACGAUACCAUUCGAAGAGUGUGACGUCUGUGACCUGGAAAAACUGGACGGAGUUUUUGCGAAGGGACAUUUUGAUGGCUUGAUACAUCUCGCUGCAUUAAAAGCUGUAGGAGAGUCAGUUGCCAUGCCGUACGAAUAUUAUUCCAACAACCUUAUCGCUAGCCUCAACUUGAUAAAGAUGUGCCAGAAAUAUGAUGUCAAAAACUUCAUCUUCUCUUCAAGUGCCACCGUUUACGGGAGUCCCAAAGAAUUGCCCAUCACCGAAAACGCCCCUACAGGACAGGGCAUAACGAAUCCCUAUGGUCAAACAAAGUACAUGAUGGAACAAAUCCUAAUCGACGUUGGAAAGGCACAUCCUGACUGGAACAUUGUUUUGUUACGUUACUUCAACCCUGUGGGUGCGCAUCCAAGCGGAAGAAUAGGAGAGGAUCCACGCGGCAUCCCCAAUAAUCUUAUGCCUUUCGUUAGCCAGGUUGCCAUAGGCAAGCUUCCUGUACUGAAAAUUUUUGGUGAUAAGUGGGACACCCCUGAUGGCACUGGAGUACGAGAUUUCAUCCAUAUAGUUGAUCUAGCUCGAGGGCAUGUGAAGGCUCUAGACAGAAUAAAGAAGCUAGGUUUGUGUUAAGU